CUAGAGCAAGACGAUGAUCAGAAAUGUCACAAAUGCAGAAAGAAUCUGAAAAAGGGAGUGAAGUGCAACCGCUGUAAAAAUUUGUAUCAUAACAAAUGUGAAAACAGAGACCCCAAUCAAGACAGUGAUGGUUAUGUUUGUAAAACAUGUAAAGCUGAAAGUGUGGAACUAGACAAACAAUCCCACAAUAUUGAAGAUGAAAGAGGGAAGGAAAGUGAACUACUGACAACACUCAAAAAUGAAAAUGAGAAGCUAAAAUUAUACGUGAGAGAGCUGAGCGACAAGUUGGACACAAGACUCAUGGAAAUAAUUGGCAUGAGGAAUGAAAUCACUGAAAUGAAAGCAAUUAUAAAUGAAACAUUAGAUGAAGUCGAGAAUGAAGCCCAUACCCAUGCAAAUGAAAAAGUUGAAAAAUUGUGCCAAAACAACAGAGAGAAAGUUAACCUCUCAUUCACAUGGACUAACUCACCUAAACCAUUCAAAGCAAGAAGGACACUUGACAUGAAUCCAAAAGAUGUCAUAACCACCAGUAACAGGUAUGAUAUCCUUCAAAACCUGGAAAGUUCUAACCAUACUGACUUGUUACAGAACAAUGUGAAAUAUAGCAUGAACAAACCAAAAUGUGCAAGGAAACGCAAAGUACUCAUCCUAGCAGACAGCCAUGGGAGGGACUUGUCAACCAAACUGGCCUCCAAACUGCCAAGCAAUUAUACAGUUGUUGGAUUUGUAAAACCUAAUGCAAGCCUUGGAAAAGUAGCACAACCAGUGAAUGAACUAACAAGAGAUUUCACAAGCCAUGACACAGUUGUCAUAUUAGGUGGAGCCAACAACAUUCGGAAACACCAACAUGAAUCUGUUCAAGAUAUUGAUGAAGGAAUGCAUAGCAUAAAAGAAGCAUCAAAAAGAAUGAAAGUGAUAGUGAAUGCUAUACCAGUAAGAUAUGACAAACAGUAUUUAAACAAUGUAAUAUGCAAUGCAAAUGACUACAUCAGUGAUAAGUGCAAGAAUACUAAAAUCAAAUUUGAUGGCACCAGUGAAAAAUUUAACAAACUGUGCUAUACUAAGCAAGGUCUGCACUUAAACAACAAAGGUAAAAACAUUCUGUGUGAGCGAUUAGCUUAUCUAAUUAUGAAUGAAGAUGAAUUUAGUCCAAACAUCAGUGAAGAUAACAACAAAAAUUUUAUGGAAAUUAGUACGGAUUUUUAAGAGAUGCCAC